AUGCACUUUAUGAAAAAAUUAUUUUCCAUCACAACACCACUUUCCAAAUAUUUGCAAGCUCCAAACAUGGACUUCAUCCAAGCUAUGAAACUUGUUAUGGCCACAAAACAUCAAUUGCAAGAAAUGCGUAUUGACAAAACGUACGGAAAUAUAAUCAAUAACUCAAAAACAUUUUCUAUAGAACAUAAUUUAGAUGAAAAAGACAUACAAGAAAAACGUGUUUCAUUAAAAAAAAAAAUGUCUGGUGAAAACCAAAACGAUGAAAGACUUAGUUCAGCAAAAGAGCGUUACAUUAGUGAAGUAUACAAUGUCACACUAGACAUUGCUAUCAAUAAGAUUGAAGACCGAUACUGCAAUUCAGAAAAUAUUUUUAAUGAUAUAUUUUUUUUUUCUCCUGAACAUUUGCAAAACCAAACCACAGCUAUACCUAAUUCAUUUGACUACAUCUGUAAUUGGUUAUCAGCAUUUAAAAUUGAUAAAGAAAAUUUAACUACCGAAUACCGUUUAUUUGCUUCAAAUUUUAACAAUUUAAUGAAAGAUAGCCCUGAAAAUAUCGAUGAAAAAUGUGCAUUAUCUGUAAUUUCUUAUGAAAGCAGUGAAAAUGACUCAGAAACUUCAGGUGAAGACAACUUUGGAGACUUGCUGCAAGUAUCAAAUAUAUUGCAAAACUUAAGUAAAAUGGGCAUGGCAUCAGCAUUUCCUAAUUUAAGUAUGGCUUACAAAGCGAUUUGUACAUUGCCUCCAACAUCCGCUAGUGCUGAACGUUGUUUUUCUAAAUUAAAAUUAAUAAAAACUAACUUACGUUCAACUAUGAGUGAGGCGAGACUAGAUCAUCUCAUGGUAAUAUCGUGCAACCCAGACAUUGAUAUAAAUAUGGACGAUGCACUUGAUAAGUUUGGAUCAAGAUCUAAUCUACUGAGGUCAAAUCUAUUGUACCAAUAA